CCUCUGCAGGUGGGGAGCCAGGGGCUCAAGCCAAAAUCUUUGUGCACACUCCUUUUUUAAGCUUUAUUAUUUAUUUAUUUUUCUCUAUUAGAGCACUGCUCAGCUCUGGCUUCUAGUGUUCUGGGAAACUGAACCUGGGGCUGUAGAACCUCAGACAAGAGAGUCUUUUGCAUAACCAUUUUGCCCCCCCCCUUUCUUUUUGUUAAGUGUGUGUGUGUGUGUGUGUGUGUGUGUGUGUGUGUGUUUUGCAGAGCACUGUUGAGCUCUGGUAUCUAGUAGUGCCAGGGACUGAACAGGUGAUUUCAGAGCCUGAGGCAUGAAAACCUUUUUGCAGCACUCCUUCACCAAAGCCAAGCUUUCCUCCUGCAGGUGGGAAUCUGGGGCUUCAAUCUGGGCCCUUGAGCAUGGUAAUAUGUGCUCUUAACUAGGUGUGCUAUCACCCCAGCUUCCUUUCAUCCUUCCUUUUUCUCUCACUCUGUCUUUCUCCUUAUUUGAUACAGAAGUUGAGAGGGAAGGGGGAGAGAGAAAGACACUUGGCUGCACUGCUUCACUGCUCAUGAAGCUUCCCUCCUCAUGAAACUUUCCCCUUCUAGGAAGGGACCAGGGGAUUGAACCCAGGUCCUUAAGCAUAUAAUGCGUACACUCUACCCAGUGCGCCAUCACCCAGCUCCUGGUCAUACAUAACUUUUCCAACUGUGGUGUGAGGAGAUUAUACAGAUACGGAUUUGAGCUGUUAUGUGCUAGUAAUUACAUAUUUUUUAAAAAAGGAUUUACAAAAUUAGACUCAAGUUCUGACCAUCCCAUCUAGUCAUUUUAAUUGUUCCUAUGCUACAGAAUGAAUUAAUGAGAUAUUCAUCAACUAUCCCCAUUCUGACUUUCUCCAUCCCCUGGUACAUCCCAGCCCCAGGCUCCAUGCCUAGAUGACAGAUCCUGAGACAAAAGCCAGACCUUGUGUGCACAUGCGCACCACACUCCUUAAUGGUUCAUGCAGUGGGCAUCAUCCAAUCAGGGCCCACAGAGGGAUGUGUGACUGGGACCCUGUCCACUCAGGGUUUAAGGAGGGGCCAGGCCCAGUGCAGUGUGGGCCAGGGGUGGCGGGUGUCCGCCUCAAGGACUCUCUAGGCAUUGUGUCUUGUUGGUGCGCACAAGGCCCAUCUUGGCUGUGGGAGCCGCUCUCGCGUCGCGGUGACCAGGCCCGCGAGGACUCAACCGGCGGGGGGCAGAGGACCCAGGAAGAAGGGCCCGGGGCCGGGGGCUGCGAGGACGCAGCAGGGCCUAGAGCCGGCAGACGCGGGUGAGUUUUUACCAAGUGAAUAGUCUGUGCUGGUGUCUUUAGAGGCGUAAACUCAAGAAGCAGCUCUGAGCUCUUCCUAUAAUCUCGCCUGGAAAAGAAGUCAGAGGAAUAGCAGGAGACAGGAUUGGCAUUUUUUUUUUCUUCAGACACAGCCAGAAAUCAAGAGAGAAGUGGGAGAAGGAGAAGGAAAGAGAGACACCUGCAGACCUGCUUCACUGCUUGUGAAGCGACCCCCCUAUACUUCUUUUGACACUCAAGGCUUUAUGCCAUAUCAUCUGUAUAGGAGUCAUUCCUAGUAGUACUUUGGGAAAAGAUAUGGAAGCUGUGGCAUUAAAAGACUUGGAAGAAACAGUGAAAUGUGAAGAGCAGAAAACUUUAUAUUGUAAAGAUGUUCAAACUGUGAUAACUAAGAAUCUCACUGCAAAAAGAGAUCAGAGUUAUAAAAUACUUUGGGGAAAACGCCGUUGCAAGUCAGCUAUACUUCCUGAGAACCAAUAUAAAUGUAAUAAAUGUGUGAAAGUUUCUUAUCAAAUUUUAGACCUUAUUUUACAUCAGAAUAUCCAUAUUGGAAAGAAGGAGCCUUAUAAAUGCAAUGAAUGUGGUGAAACUUUUUACCUGUCUUCAACUCUUACUCAGCAUGGUAAAACUAAGUUAGAGAAAAAUCAAUACAUAUGUAAUAUAUGUGGAAAAGUUUUUAAUGAGUGGUCACAUCUAAAUAAACAUAAAAUAACUCAUUAUGGUGAAAAAUCUUACAAAUGCAAAGAUUGUGGUAAGGCAUUUUACCAUAGCUCUGAAUUUAAUCGACAUUAUAGAAUUCAUACUGGAGACAAACCGUACAAAUGUAAAGAAUGUGGUAAGACCUUUAUCCAGUCCUCAAGCCUUACUGAACAUCAGAGAAUUCAUACUGGAGAGAAACCUUACACAUGUAAAGAAUGUGGUAAAUCCUUUAACCAAUGCACAAAACUUACUCGACAUUAUAGAAUUCAUACUGGAGACAAACCUUACAAAUGUAAAGAAUGUGGUAAAACUUUUAACCAGAGUUCAAUCCUUACUAGACAUCAGAAAAUUCAUACUGGAGAGAAGCCUUACAUAUGUAAAGAAUGUGGUAAAGCCUUAAGCUCUAAAUCGAAACUUAUUGAACAUCAGAGAAUUCAUACUGGAGAGAAACCAUAUAAAUGUAAAGAGUGUGGUAAGGCCUUUAGCCGGACCUCAAACUUUUCUGAACAUCAACGGUUUCAUACUGGAGAGAAACCUUAUAAAUGUAAAGUAUGUGGUAAAGCCUUUAGCCGGGCCUCAAAUUAUGCUGAACAUCAGUGGGUCCAUGCUGGAGGGAAACCGUACAAAUGUAAAGAAUGUGGCAAAGCCUUUAGUCAGGCCUCAAAGCUUAGUGAACAUCAGAGGGUUCAUUCUGGAGAAAAACCAUACAAAUGUAAAGAUUGUGGUAAAGCCUUUAGCCGGACCUCAAAUCUUACUGAACAUCAAAGAGUUCAUACUGGAGAGACACCUUACAAGUGUGAAGAAUGUGGUAAAACCUUUAAACAGUCUUCAAGCCUUACUCGACAUCAGAUCAUUCAUACUGGAGAGAAACCUUACAGAUGUGAAGAAUGUGGCAAAACCUUUAACCAGCGCUCAAGCCUUACUCAACAUAGAAGAAUUCAUACAUGUGAGAUACCCUAUAGAUAUAAAGACUGUGACAAAAACUUUACAGAAUGCUCAAAACUUAUUCAACACCAGAUAGUUUAUACUGGAGAAGAAUUGCACAGCGUGGAAAAGCCUUUAAGUGGAACUCAACCCUUACUCAACAUCACAGAAUCCAUAGUGGAUAGAGAUCCUAAAUGUGAAGAAGAUGACAAAGCCUUUGUUUUUUUAAACAGAUACUAGAAAACACCAGAGUGCAAAAAUUUAAUCAUUAAAAAAAAUUUCCUUAAACAUUAACUAUGCUAGAACAAGAGUUUUCAGCCCUAGACUCCAGGAUUAAUGUUGGCAUUACAUAUGCCAAAGAAGACUGGUAGUCUGGUUUCUCACUCUGAUAAAAAUAAAUCAUCUUUUUUUUAAAAAAAGAUUCUUAAAAAUCAUCAUAUUAAAAUUUUUAGGGCUGAAAAGAGAGCUCACCAGGUAAGGUGCCUACAUUGCUUCACAAGUGGUGAAUCAGUGUUGGAGGUGUCUCUCUUAAUCUCUGUCUCUCACCCACUGUCAAGAAAAAGGGAAAAAAUGGCCACCUGGAGCAAUGGAGGAGGAGUGCUGGCAUUGAGCCUAUCAAUAACUCUGGUGAGAAAAAAAAUAAAUAAUUUUUAUUACACAUUGAAAAUAACUACCACAAAAUACAAAGGCAGCCAAAGGAAUUGGGAGAGGAUAUUGCAUCUCACAGUGUCCUACAAGGGACUUAUACCUGAAAUAUACAGAAAAAGUAUAUAGGGGAGGGUGGUAGCUGACCUGGUAAAGUACAUGUAUUACCAUGCACAAGGACCCGGGUUCAAGCUACCAGCCCCCACCCGUAGGAGGAGAGCUUCACAAGCAGUGAAACAAUGCUUCAGGUGUCCUGUCUCCCUUUCUGACUCCUACGUCCUCAGUUUCUCUCUGUUAUAUCAAAUAAAGUUUAAAAAGAAAAAGUAUACAACUCACAAACAAAACCCCCAACUAACUCAAUUUCAAAAAUACUAAUGAACUAUAGACACUUAAAAACUAUUCAACAUCAUUUUUCAUUAGGGAAAUGCAAAUUAAAACUACAGUACCCUCACUGGUAAGAAUGACUUGUGUCAGGAAUAUUGGGAACAAUGGCUGACAAGAAUGUGGGGAAAAAAUUUAAUGAAAUUGAAACAAAUUAUCUUUGCUCCUGUAAUACCAUUUUUUUUGCAUUUUUCACAAGGACAUGAAAACUCUCAAGGAUAUAUGCACAUCUAUGUUCACUGCAGUACUAUUUACUAUAACCUUAAUAAAGACUCAAUUUGGCAGUCCAUCAAUAGAUGUCUGGAUAAAGAAGUCUUAGGGUAUAUACUCAGUGGAGUAUUAACUACUAAGAUAACAUCAUAUGAGACAAAAAUAAUGAAACUAGGUUAUUAUGCUUAGUGUAACUAGAAAGUAAAAGACAUCUACAUGAUGGUUUUACUUAUGUACUAAUGUGUAACAAAUCAAGUGAACUUGCAAAAUAAUAUCAGGUUUGUAUACUCUGAACUAUGGUAUCUAUCAGGAAAUUGGGAUAGGUGGUAUAGGAGAUUGGUAGAGGGGUCUGGUUAAAUUACACUGAAACUGGUGAUGUUUAUACACAGUGGGCUGUAUAUACAUGUAUAUGUGUGGAACUUUUUCUAAAUUCAUAUAGUAGUGUAAAUGUUAAGUCAAUAAAAAUAAAACAAUCACUCAAAUCCUCCAUUGAAAAAGUAUUUAAAAGUAAAAAUAAAGCUGAAGUAGCAGAAUGGUUAUGCAAAAAAACUUCAUGUAAUGUGUCAGACUCCAAAGUCCCAGGUUCAAUUCCCUGCACUACCAUUAACAGUGCUCUGUUAAAAUAAAGAUAAAAAUAAAAUUUAAUUGAACAUCAAAAUGUGCAACAGAGAGUAGUUACAUCUCAGUACUGUAAAUCAGUAUUGCGGAGAACACGUAGACCUUUUAUUAGUAUGUUUCAAAGAAUGAUGGUGAUGGCUUUUUGUACAUAUAUAUUUCAUUGAAGUAUGUCUUAUGUUGAUGCUAUCUGAGUACAUUGAAUAACAAAUUUUAAUGUACAUCUUCUCUCAUUGCUUAUGUGACACCUUCAGUCCUAGUAUGUAUGUGAAAGAAAUCAUGUGGUUGAUUGUUGCUAUUUAAAGAUAUGGCAUGCCCUUACUGUUGAUUCAUGUGUAAUUUUUCACAUAUAUUUAAUUUUCAAUGAGUGAUCAAGGGCAACAUAAGUGACAAUACGUGAAGGAAAUCUAAAUUCAAUUGUAAUUUAUGGUUGACUUACAUUUUUUUUUUAAUAAUGAAAUGUUGGUUUGUUUUCAUUAAUAGAUUUACUUUUCAACAUGAGUUAAUUUAGACUUUUACUUUAAACAGACUUAUAUACAAAACUUAUAUACCUGACAGUGCUGCUAUGUACCCACCAGGAUUUUUUUUUAUAUUUCUAGAAGCUUGACAAAAAUAUGUGCCCAUCUGUAUGAUCAUACAUAACUUAUUCCAGUUGAGUUUUGUCAGCCAGUUGUGGUUCUUGUUUUUUUACACCCUCACUUUGCCUCCACUAUGUUCUCAUCUUGUAAAUUUGGCUCUUUUAUCAGUGUUAACUCAAUGGUCUUUCUGGUUUAUAUGUUGAAUUUUAUGUCCUUAUUUUGUAUACAAACAAUACCCACUCCUUCUGGCUUAUUUUGCUUUGCAUAUGUUGUAUUUUUUGCUACCAUAAUUUAGGUAUUUAAAAAUGUUAUGUUGGUAUAAAUUGUUAUGAAGUAGGUGUUUAGGACUUCAUUAUUCAGUUACUAAUACACAAUAAUUCUCAAGUUUAUAAAUUGUUUUGCCUAGUGUCCAUUAAAGACAGAAACCUUGUAGUCUGUUAAUAUAUUAAUGUGUCAUAAUAGCAAUAGAAAAAAGUAGAGAAUAUAUGUGAUGAGAUUGAAAUAAAGAAAUAUUAGAAGAAAAUAGAA